AAAGAGAUUAGUUUGGGUUCAGAAACACCAGGAAUGGACUUUAGACCAGUGGAAAUCUCUGCUUUGGUCUGAUGAGAUCUUUGGUUUCAGAAAAGGUGAACGGAUGGUCUCAUGCAUGGUUCCCAUCGUGAAGCAUGGAGGAGGAGGUGUGAUGGUGUGGGGGUGCUUUGCUGGUGACACUGUUGGGGAUUUUUUCCAAACUGAAGGAACUGAACCAGCAUGGCUACCACAGAAUCCUGCAGCGACAUGCCAUACCAUCCAGUUUGCGUUUAGUUGGACCGUCAUUUAUUUUCCGUCUGGACGAUGACCCCAAACACACCUCCAGGCUGUGGAAGGACUAUCUGACCAAGAAGGAGAUGAUGGAGUGCUGCUUCAGAUGAUCUAAACCCAAUGCAGAUGGUUUGGGAUGAGAUGGACCACAGAGUGAAGACAAAAUGACCAAUAAGCCUCGAAGGGAACUCCUUCAAGACUGUUGGAGAACCAUUUCAGGUUCUACCUCAUGAAGCUCAUGGAGAGAACCUAAAUUCUAAAACAUGUUUUGACUUAUUUCACACUUUCUUGUUUUCGACACAAUUCCAUAUGCGUUCACUCAUAGUUUUGAUGCCUUCAGAGAGAGUACACGGUAAAUAGUCAUGAAAAACCAUUACAUGACAAUGUGUGCUCAAACUUUUGACUGGUAGUGUGUGUAAUACAUUCCCUUCAGCAGCAUUAAAAGCAGAAUGCUGAUGUGGGUUUUACAGAGAGGAGAGCAGAUGUCUGGUUUUAGCCGAAUAUGCAGCGUCCCUCCCCCUCCUUGAACCUCUCCCAGCUUCUCUUACCCCUCCCCUGAGCUCAUACCACUCCAGAGCUCCUAAUAUAGACCCGACCGCUUUGUAGAAAAGGGGUAACAAACCAACUGUCUGCUUCGUGGAAACCAGCCUUUUCAUGGACGCACAACAGAAUAAUGGAGUCUCGAUCGCAGGUGUCAUUCCUGGACAAGAAGCAGGAACUACAGAAACAAGAGGCUGAUGCCACCGUCUACAUGAACUUCAUGAAAAGCCACCGCUGCUACGAUGCCAUUCCAACCAGCUGUAAACUGGUCAUAUUUGAUACCACACUGCAAGUGAAGAAGGCCUUUUUUGCACUGGUGGCAAAUGGCUUGAGGGCUGCACCUCUGUGGGACAGCAAGCUGCAGAGGUUUGUGGGUAUGCUGACCAUCACAGAUUUCAUCAACAUCCUCCAUUGCUAUUACAAAUCCCCCCUGGUUCAGAUGUACGAGCUGGAGAGCCACAAGAUCGAAACGUGGAGAGGUGAUUCAGUUAAAAACGUCUACUUACAGUAUUCCAAUCACUUCCUCAUCAGCAUUUCUCCAGAGGCCAGCCUCUUUGAUGCCAUCUAUUCCUUACUGCGAUAUAAAAUCCACAGGCUGCCCGUCAUCGACCCCGAGUCUGGAAACGUCCUGCACAUUUUGACACACAAAAGAAUCCUCAAGUUCCUCCAUAUAUUUGGGACAAAGGUUCACAAGCCUGCGUUCCUCCAGAAGCAGAUCCAGGAGCUGAGGAUAGGAACGUUCAGGAACAUCGCCACCGUGCAGCAAACAGCAUUGCUUUAUGAUGCCCUCUCCAUAUUUGUGGAGAGGCGGGUGUCUGCGCUGCCGGUGGUGGACGAACAAGGAAAAGUGGUGGCCCUCUACUCGAGAUUUGACGUCAUUAAUCUAGCAGCUCAGAAGACCUACAACAACCUGGACAUGAGCAUGCAGGAGGCCGUCCGCAGGCGCAUGUGUUACGUCGAGGGAGUGAUCAAAUGCUAUCCUGAUGAAACUUUGGAGACCAUCAUAUGUCGCAUAGUCACAGCUGAGGUCCAUCGGCUGGUCCUGGUGGACAGAUCUGACGUGGUGAAGGGCAUCAUUUCUCUGUCUGACCUGCUGCAGGCCAUGGUCUUAACCCCUGCAGGUAUUGAUGCAUUAUUAUCCUAGCAGCAGGGGGCAGAGCGUCCCCUCCUUUACCUUCUGUGUAGUCCUGGCAGUGUUCCUACUUAAGUCGGCUCUGGAGCCUCGUUCCCACUCCAGCCAAGCCCCAGAACCUGCAUCCUCCCUGUUCCCACAGGCUUGUUGUUGAAAACCGUCCCCUUGCUUUCAAUCUUGCACUCGAAAACAUGCAGGUACUCCCACACAGCUGCUCUACGAGGCUUAGUUUCGUUCUCUAAACACGCCCGUGACAGCUGCAGAGGAGAAUGACAGCACAAUUCAUUUGCAUCUUUCAGAAACUGACUGCAAUGAGAGAACUUAAGAGGAAGAGAAAUGCCCUGGCUGUGCUGCUGUUUACAUUAAAACGUCUUCAAGUUUUGUUACUGGACAGUGAGCUGACCUUGAUGCCAUGAUGUGUCUAUCGGUCCACUGCAUUGGCUGCAUUUGAUCAAAUUGAUCAAUGUGUGUUUAUUCAACAUACUGUAUUUCUGUAAUAAAUUUGUAUCAAAUCUUGCCAAUA